AUGACUGCGAAGAAGAAAGGAAAGGCCACGGAUUGUGAUGCGGACGAGGGCAACAUGUCAAAGCUCGAUUAUGAGCUAUCCGGCUAUAGCGAGCUUUUGGCAAAAGCUGUUGAACCAGUCCGUGGCCAGGUUUUUUUUCCAUAA